CUACCGCCCGCAGUCCAACAUGUAAGCGCUCGUGCACGGCCGCUGCAACAGGCAAACGUGUCUAGAGGAUGCACAACGACCGUUGAAGGAACGACUUGGCCUCGAGGCAAACAUUAUUGGGACGAAUGCACAAGCUGCAAUCGUUUAUGCAGUCGACUUCCUCUGCAACGGCGCUGCUUCUGCUUCUACUCUUUGCUGCAGUUGCUGCGGUGCAGCAGAGAAAAACAAAGAGCGAUACGAGACGGAAGGAAAUUGACGUAA